AUGGGAAAUACAAUCCCAAGCAAUAUUAACGCAACGAUUGCUGAUGAAGCACACGAUAACAAAUUACUGUGGACAGAAAACCGAAACCAGGCAUCGUCACAUCUUUUGGAAAAACGUGAACCUCCACGAUGUUAUGGAAACGCUUGUCGUCAGUGUGGUAAAUGUCUUGACUGGCGAUACGAUGGUGAUUUCGAGCGUGAUUAUGAAAGUUUCAAUCGCGGAGAGUCUAGGGCAAUCUUAAUUCGUGAACGCUGGCAGCGUCGUCCCAAUGGGCCUAUAGUGACCUGCAGUUACUUUCCUAUAUAUCAUUAUGGUGCAAUUGCUGCUGAUUAUGGUUUUGAUAUGUGCCAUUGCACAUGA